AUGUCUGUAAAACUCUACCAUUUUCCUAUCAGUGGACCUUCCCGUGGAGCUCUACUGGCAGCUAGAGCAGUAGGAGCCCCGGUGGAAGUCGAGAUUAUUAAUUUAUUCCAAAAAGAACAGUUAAAAGAAAGUUUUUUGAAAAUAAAUCCUCAGCACUGUAUCCCCACGUUAGACGAUGAUGGUUUCAUUUUAUGGGAGAGUCGAGCCAUUGCAGGCUACUUGGUCGAUAAGUAUGGGAAGGAUGAUCACCUGUACCCAAAAGAUUUGAAAAAGCGCGCAUUGGUCAAUCAAAGGCUGUAUUUCGAUAGUUCUUCUUUGUAUGUCAAGAUUAGGGCAAUUUGUUUCCCAAUAUUGUUUCUUGGGGAGACAGAGAUAAAGAAGCCAUUGAAGGAUGAUCUGAAUGUCACUUUGGGUUUCCUAGAUCAGUUUCUGAAAGACAGUAAAUGGGUUGCUGGUGACCAACCUACUAUUGCAGACACAUCUAUCUAUGCUUCUGUGAGCAGUAUCCUGGCAGUUGGUUGGGACAUAUCUGGAUUCCCAUCCAUUGUAAGAUGGGUAGAUCAAUGUUCUUCAUUACCUGGUGCAGCAGAAAAUGAUGAGGGAGCUAAAGCAUUCGGAGAUGCUGUGAAAAAGAAUCUGCAUUAA